AUGACUAAUUUAAGAGAAAGUCGUUUGCCAACGAUAGUAUUAAUAGACAUAGAUCAUACAGAUGGUGUUAGUAGAGAUUUAUAUGCUAGAAGAGAAUCUUUUGUGGCAAUGAAAGACGGCAUUUCAUUACCAGAGUUUACUACUACAAAAGAUCCCUUAUACGGUUUGGAAUUGUUGAAAUACAUUACUUCAGAAGUGUCGAAAGGAAACCUGGAACAAGCUAUUCCUAUUGUAUGUUCUUGGAAUGAUUCCCCAGAAUUAAUGUUAGAUUGUUUAAACAAAGGUGCUGCUGACUAUUUGAUAAAACCUAUUCGCCAAGAAGUUGCUAAAACUGUUUUCUUGAUGGAUUGGGUAGCAAUAAUGACCCAAGAAUUUCCAAAACCUUUAAUAAGAAGAAUUUCAAAUUUUGAAGAAAGACUUGAUGAUUUUUUUAUAAAAGAUAAAUGGUUAGCUGAAACAAUUAUUGAAUAUUAUACACCACCAGAAUUAGAUAUAAAUAUUGCAUAUAUACCAAGGUUGGAUUCUGCUUCCGAAUUGGAAAGAGUCAAUUACUUAAAGAAACAAUUAACUAAUUGGGAAUUUGAUGCUCAGAAAUUGAGUGAGGAGGAUUUGUUAAGAUGCGUUGUUAUUAUUUUUGAACAUGUUAUGGAUCUUGAUGACCUAAGACAAUUAAAUGUUCCGUCAGAACAAUUACAUCGAUUUUUAUUGGCAAUAAGACAAUCGUACUACGACAGCAAUCCAUAUCACAAUUUUACACAUGCAGUCGAUGUACUACAAGCAAUGUUUUUCUUCUUAUGUGAGAUGGGCUUGAUACCACUUUUUUUUUCUUCUGCUAGUAGUGACGCCGAUUCCUUUGCUUUGUUGUUGGCUUCUAUUGGACAUGAUGUUGGACAUCCUGGUGUUAAUAAUUUUUUUUUGACAAAUAGCCAAGCUCCCCUGGCACAUUUAUAUAAUGAUAAAUCAGUACUUGAAAGUUUUCAUGCAAUGACUUUAUUUACUUUAAUGCAGAAAUAUGGAUUCAAAGUAUAUGAAGGCGAAACUGAAUAUAAUUCAAAAUAUGCUGAAUUUCGUAAGGUUGUAGUAAACGCUAUACUGGCAACAGAUAUGGGGUUACAUAAUGAAUAUGUCGUGAAAAUAAGAGAUCAAAAAAAAAGACUCGGAUCUGGCAAUUUUGAUAUAAAAUCGGAACAAGAAAAAAAUAUAGUCGUAGGCGCGUUGAUUAAAUGUGCUGAUAUCAGUAAUGCAGCAAGACCAUAUCAUAUAGCAGCAGAAUGGUCAGAUGUACUGUUGAAAGAGUUUACAUGUCAGGGUAAUUUAGAAAAAAAAUUAGGGCUGCCUGUUAAUCCGAUAAAUAAUGGUCAAAUAUCACAAUCAGAUUCUCAAAUUUCUUUUAUUGAUAUAUUUGCUAUGCCAUUGUUUAAAUCUGUCAGCGAAUUAAUUCCAGAGUUGAAAUUUUGCGUAAAUAUUAUUAAUUCAAAUAGAAAAGUAUGGCAAGAUAAAAAAGGUGAUUUCGGUGAUAGUACUAAUACUACUAUUUCUAAUAGUAACGAUGAUGAUGAUGCACGAUCAAUUAAACAUAAUAGCACCGGUAAGGAUUCAGGGAUUAAUGUUGAUAGUCGACAAAAUUCACCAAUUGUUAGCGUACCAGCCGCAAGAAUACUGUUAUCGCAUCAAUCAUCAUUAACAUAUCUAAAACCAAUUAACCCAAAUUUACUUGAAGGUGGGUCGGAAGUUGAAUCACAAUAUUCCACAAAUGAAGCGCUUAGUACUGCGGAGGCAUCUGAUGCACCAUUAACUCAGCACAAUCAACAAUUACAAAAUGGUGAUGAUGACGGAAGUAUCGAUGGCGCAUCAUCCAAUCUUCCUAAUAAUAGUGGAAAUGAUGACUCUCGUAUUAUCAGUGGAAGUAGCAGCAUUAAUGGAGAUAAUAAUAAUACUUUUUUGGAUAUAUAA